UUUAUCUUUCUCAAUGAGCAGGGCGUGACGUAACACCGUCUUCAACGAAUCACAUGCGUCCUCGGGCGGAAACGAGUGACAGAGAGGAGGGUUGUACUUGUGUAGGUAAACAAUGCGGCUGUCUCUUAGUUAAACGUGAGUUGUUGUUGUUGUUUUUUUGUUAUUUUCUUAUAACUAGAGACUCGCGUCAGCAGUUUUGCCGUGAGCAUUCGCAAAUGAAGACUUUAAUUGUUGGAGUUGGCGGUGUGACCAAUGGAGGAAAAUCUACCCUCUCCCAAUUUCUCCACCAGAAAAUACACAACAGCUGCAUCAUUGCUCAGGAUACGUAUUUUAAAGAUGACUGUGUUGUACCAGUGGACAGUAACGGCUUCAAGCAAUAUGACACGCUUGAUGCUCUUCACAUGGAGAAGAUGAUGAAGGAGGUUUACUGCUGGAGAAAAGACCCUCAUGAGUUCCUGAGGCAGCGAGGCCUGAUAGCCAAAAAUGCAUCCACUGAUGACGAACUUUACGUUCUGAUAGUGGAAGGUUUCCUCAUUUUCAACCACAGGCCUUUAAAUGAGAUGUUUGACAUGAGAUAUUUUUUGGAAAUACCUUAUGACAUCUGUAAGAAGAGACGGAGUAUGAGGGUGUAUGCGCCUCCAGACCCUCCAAACUACUUUGAUGGAUACGUGUGGCCGAUGUACAUUCAAAAUCGCAAGGAGAUGGAGAUAAUCACUUCAGAAAUUGUUUUUCUGGAUGGUCUGAAGCCAAAGGAUGAGGUUUUAGCUGCUGUUUAUGAAGACAUUCGUCAGGAAAUAGCCAGACUCCAGGGACAAAGCUGAUGUGAUCGACAUCCAUCUGGAUGUCAGACAGUAUCUUCUAGUGGACUGUUGUGUGACUGAAAGGACCAACCGUUUUAUUGUGCUGUUUGAAAGACUUUUGCGUCUUUUGGUUACUGUUGACUUUGAUCUCAUUUAAGUGGGCUUGUUUCAACACUUUAUGCAGAUGCUUGAUCCCACAGGCUUAAGGUUUUCCCACCUUAGAAUUUCAUUAUUGUAAAACAAAAAGUGAUGUUCACUUAAGAUGUUACUGCUUUCAGUAAGGUGGAUGAUAAUUUCAUAAAAAAACCCAACAACUUUUAAAAAGGUGUUUAUGAGAAGAAACUGAUCAAAUAUUGUUUAUUGUUAUUCUUCUGUUGCCGGGAGCUGACAUUUUCACCAUCAGUUAGUGGAUUUUACAAAAACAUUAACUUUGUUUCACACUGGAACCUUGUUUUUUUACUGACAUGAUCCCCAAAAAGCUCAACAUAUAUCAAGAAAUUGUAUCGCAGCUCUAUAAUAUCAGUUUGUAAUCCUUUUAUCUCGUUAUCAUCCAUGACAUUUGUUUAAUGUUUGACUAUUGUAUCAAUAAAAUUCACCAGUGUUGAAUUUA